AUGGCUAGCAAAAAUGAUAACGAGAUACAGAUCUUUCAAGCUGAAAUACUGGAACGUAUGGAGAGAUCGGAAGCUAGCUUUGCUGCAAGGAUUGAUAAACUCUAUGAAGCUAUGGACCUUCUCAUAAGUCAAUCAUCUCCGAAACAACCAUAUGGUGCAGGAACUAGUAACAAACCCCCGUUUCAGGUGAGAAAUGUUAAGCUUGAGUUUCCUCGUUUCGAUGGCAAGAAUGUUCAUGAAUGGAUCUUCCGUGCUGAACAAUUUUUUGAAUAUUAUGAUACACCAGAUUUAGAUCAAUUGACUAUUGCCUCUGUUCAUCUGGACAAAGAUGUGGUACCAUGGUACCAGAUGGUACAACGCACGCAUCCUUUCCAAUCUUGGAUUGAAUUUACGCGUGCUCUUGAGUUAGAUUUUGGUCCAUCUGUCUAUGAAUGUCCUCGAGCUACUCUUUUUAAGUUGAAUCAGAGUGGUAUUGUGGCUGAAUAUUACUUGAAAUUCACUACAUUAGCAAAUCGUGUCUAUGGCCUGAGUAGUGAUGCCUUAAUUGAUUGUUUUAUUAGUGGCUUGAACAAUGAUAUUCGUCGUGAUGUCAUGAUUCACACACCGCCAUCAUUGGUUAAAGCUUUUUCCCUAGCUAAAGUGUAUGAAGAGAAGUAUACUUCAAACACAAACCAGAAAAAGUUCAAUACAACCAACUAUGCCACCAACAAACCCUUCAAUAAACCAGAAAUUUUAACUAGAGAUUCAGCUCCUAUCCUCAACACACCCCCUACGAGGCCUAUGAGUCAAUUUCAAAAGAAUCCCAACAUUAGAAGAAUAUCUCCAGCUGAAAGACAGAUGAGAAGUGAGAAAGGUCUAUGUUACUGGUGUGAUGAAAAAUUUUCCUUCACACACAAGUGUCCAAAUAGACAAUUAAUGUUGAUUCAAUGUGAUGAUAGUGAUGCAGAUCAGAUGUUUGAACCAAUGACUCAGCCAGAGGAAUCAACCAUAAAUAGUUCCAUCACAAAUCAAACAGAACAUCAUCUUUCACUAAAUGCUAUGAAAGGGACUAGUAACAUGGGUGUGCUCAGAUUUACAGGUUCCAUUGAACAAAUUAAGGUACAAGUUCUAAUUGAUGGAGGAAGUUCUGACAAUUUUUUGCAACCACGAAUUGCAAAAUUCUUGAAGUUGCCAAUUGAAUUAGGACCACAGUUCAAUGUGUUAGUAGGAAAUGGUGAAACAAUGACUGCUGAAGGCAUAAUUCAAAAGUUACCAUUAGAAAUACAGGGUCAUAAGCUAGAUGUGCCUGUGUUUCUACUGCCAAUAGCUGGAGCUGAUGUGAUAUUGGGUGCAUCUUGGUUAGCAACAUUGGGUCCUCAUGUUGCAGAUUAUGCAUCACUGACCUUGAAAUUCUUUUGGAAAGACAAAUUUAUAACACUUUCUGGUGAAGCUGUUCCUAGACCUAUCCCUGCUCAAUUCCAUCAUUUCAAAAGGUUAGCAACAACUGAUUCCAUAUCUGAAUGUUUCACAGUACAAUGGCUUAAAUCUGCUGAUACAGAAGAUAUAUUCAAAGACUUGCCAACCAAUAUAGACCCUGAAAUUGCUAUACUCCUGCAUACAUACAAAAACUUGUUCCAAACACCAUCUGCACUACCACCAAACAGAACACAUAAUCACACCAUUCCUUUGAUUGAUGGUUCAAAUCCAGUUAAGGUUAAGCCUUAUAGAUAUCCACACAGUCAAAAAGCACAGAUUGAGCAAGCAGAACAAGCCUUUCAAAAACUCAAGGUAGCUAUGACAUCUGCACCAGUCCUUGCUUUACCAAAUUUUAAACUUCCUUUUAUUCUAGAAACAGAUGCAUCAGGAGUAGGCAUUGGUGCUGUAUUACAACAACAGGGACACCCUAUUGCUUAUUUCUCAAAGAAACUAGUCCCUAGAAAUCAAAAGAAGUCUGCUUACUUUAGAGAAAUGCUUGCAAUUGCUGAAUCAAUAGCAAAAUUCAGACAUUAUUUGAUGGGGCAUAAAUUUAUUAUCAGAACUGAUCAAAAAAGUUUGAGAAGCUUGAUGGAACAAUCCCUACAAACACCUGAACAACAAGAAUGGCUUCACAGGUUUCUAGGAUAUGAUUUCACAAUUGAGUAUAAACCAGGCAAAGAGAAUAUAGCAGCUGAUGCUCUAUCUAGAGUGAUGACAUUAUCAUGGUCAGAGCCAAAAUAUCAUUUCAUUGAACAGUUGAAAGUAGCAUUGCAGAGUGAUCAUGACAUGUCAAAUAUCAUAAGGAAAUGCAAGUCAGGCAAAGCUCCAAUACAAUACUCUAUUAGAGAUGGAUUAUUGUACUGGAAACAGAGGUUAAUGAUUCCUAAAGAUAGUGACUUGUUGAACAAGAUAUUGUUUGAAUUCCACACAUCACCAAUUGGAGGACAUGCUGGUAUAACAAGAACUAUAGCAAGGAUCAAAUCUCAAUUCUACUGGCAGGAUAUGAAGCAAGAUAUCACUGAGUAUGUGCAGAAAUGUGUUGUUUGUCAACAAGCCAAAACAACUAACACCUCUCCUGCUGGUUUGUUACAGCCACUGCCAAUACCUGCACAAGUCUGGGAAGAUAUUGCAAUGGAUUUUAUCACAGGCCUUCCUCCUUCUUCUGGAUACACUACCAUCAUGGUGAUAGUGGAUAGAUUGACUAAGUAUGCACAUUUCAUUCCAAUGAAAUCUGACUACUCUAGUAAAUCAGUAGCUGAGGCAUUUAUGCACAACAUUGUGAAGUUACAUGGCAUGCCUAAAUCCAUUGUAUCUGACAGAGACAAGGUCUUCACUAGUUCAUUUUGGCAGCAAUUAUUCAAAUUACAGGGCACUAGUUUGGCUAUGUCAUCUGCAUACCAUCCACAAUCUGAUGGACAAACAGAAGUACUUAACAAGGUUUUGGAAUUAUUUCUCAGAUGUUUUACAUUCAAUAAUCCUAAAUCUUGGUCUAAAGUAAUUUCAUGGGCAGAAUACUGGUAUAACACAGCUUUUCAGACCAGUAUAGGCAUGACUCCAUUCAAAGCACUAUAUGGAAGAGACCCACCAUAUCUGACUAAAUAUGAAGCUCAAGAGAUAGAUCCACCAACACUUCAAGAGGAGCUCAAGGAAAGAGAUAAGUUGUUACAACAGUUGAAAAGUAAUUUGAAAAAGGCUCAGCAAUAUAUGAAACAUCAAGCUGACAAACACAGAAAAGAUGUCAAAUUUCAAGUUGGUGAAAUGGUAUUGGUUAGAUUGCAACCUUACAGACAACAAUCUGUGGCUUUAAGGAAGAAUCAAAAAUUGGGAAUGAGGUAUUUUGGUCCCUUUGAAAUUUUAGCUUGUGUUGGUAAUGUAGCAUACAAAUUGAAAUUGCCUGACAAUGCCAAGAUACAUCCAGUGUUUCAUGUGUCCCAACUCAAACCCUUUAAGGGUAAUGUUACUGAACACUAUUUACCAUUACCUUUAACCAUGAAUGAUACUGGCCCAAUUAUACAACCAGUUGCAGUCUUACAAGCUAGAACUAUAAGGAAGGGGACACAAAAAGUCCAUCAAAUAUUAGUUCAAUGGGAGCAGAAUUCAAAAGAUGCAGCUACCUGGGAAGACUUACAUGACUUGCAGUUCAAGUUUCCUACUCUCAACCUUGAGGACAAGGUUGUUUUUAAUGGGGAGGGUAUUGUAAUGAGGCCAAAUACCACCAAAAUUCUAGAGAAUGAUGACUCAGCAAAAUCACAGAGGGGCCCACAGAAUGUGCAGGAAGGAAAUUCUGUUAGUGGCAGCAGGGGAAUGAUUGGACCACGUAGGAGCAUGAGAAUGCGCAAAACGCACAACAAGUGGAAGGAGUUUGUUAGCUAUUGA